AAGCUGCAAAUCUAAUGUAGUGACACUGGCUUCAGAAACAUCUAUACUACUUCAAACAAGGCUCAUUCCCUGUUUUACAUACCAGUCCUCUUGGAGGAUUGGCUCUUCAUGCGGUGUUUUCCCUAACAAAUUUACAGGCAUCGUUUGAAUCUUGUGACAAUGAUGGGAGCAUUGUGCACUGAGAUGAAUCCCUCUUGCAGCAGCUCACCUUCGCCGAUGCAGAGGAUACCCCGCAGUCAGCGCCUGGUCCUACGAAAAAACUGUGGGCCCUCUCUGCGCACCUGCCGGCUGCACAGGAGGAGGUCUGCACUGGGAGCCCAUGGGGACAACGCAGUCACCCCAUCAGCCCCGCCCCUGCCGCCUGAGCUGCGCACGACGGAGCGCGUGAAGUACCCGGCAGUGUACAAGGGCAGCGACUACGCCACUGGCGCAACUGGGCUGGCAGAAGGGCAGCCCCCUGUAGAAGAAUCAAACCUUGCAGAGGACACAGUCGAGGCACAGGAGCAGGACUACACCGACUACCAGACGCAGGCUGUCGGUCAUGGCAGCAGCCGACAGAACAAUUUCUACCAGGCAGUGGAUGCGAGCCCUCCUGCGCAGUUCAUUAGGCAGACCAGGUGGGCGCAGCCUCUCCUGGGGGCGCUGGGCCUGUUCUUUGUGGGCACAUUUCUGCUGUCCGCUGUGCGCGUGUUCCGCCGCUACAACUCCCCAAGGUCCAAGCGCACGCGCACCGUCAACCUUAACAAGGCAAUUGUGGAGAGCCUGGAUGCCUACUUGCCUGCCAACCGUGCUGCACUAACCACAGGCGUCAUGCGCGGGCUCAAGAUGAAGAGCGGCUUUUCAUCGACGGAGAUUUUCAGGAAGUACCUGUGGUACCUGCUGCGCGAGCGCAAGUUUGACGAGGACGCCGUUGCAGACCUGGCUGCCCUGCGGACAGCCCUGGGCAUGACAGACGAGGAGGUGGCUGAGGCACUGAGGGAGCGCGCACAGCGCAUCUAUGAGAAGUAUGGCAACGUGAUGCUGGAGGUUGCUGGCAUGACCAAGGCCGGCAUCGAGCGCAAGGCCACCUGCCGCGCCCUUUUCUCCAAGAUCCUCUUCCUUGCAGAGAGCGAGAAAAUCUUGGACCAGGAGAGUGAGGCGGCUCAGAACCUUAGCAUCCCCAAGAUAUUUGGAGCCACUGAUGAGGACACUGAUGGCCUGCGGAUUGUGAGCCUCUAUGAGGUUGACUUGGACAACCUUGAAGGCCAGUUUGACAAGGAUUCUAACGGUCCAUGAAGCACACUUGAAUGCGCUUGUCAAGCAGUGUACAUUGAUGGCAUUGCAGGUCAAUGUGGACGACAUCAAUUUUGUGGCUCAACAGAUGUAGCACUUACAUAUAGUGUCACUUCUUUUAGCAGUAGCUGUCCUUGGUUUAAGCUCAAGACUGGUGGUCUCUCUUUGCAGUGCGAACAUCUGUGUUUGCAUGCUGCACAAUCAACCUUGAAUGCUUUGCUUGCUUGCAAACAUUUAGGACGUUUCCCUUACACAAAACCAUGCAGACCUACUUCAUGUCCGGUCUCAACACAAGUGCAACCAACAAGCAACAGUAACAUUGCUGCAGCAAAUUUGGCCGCGCUCUAAAAUAAUUGUAAUGUAGGUGUGAUCAUGCAAAUGCAGGACACGUUGCAACAAUUGUCGACAUCAAUUAUCCCAACUCAUCCUGAUCAAACUUUUUUUCAGCGCAAGAUCGUUAUCUAGAGCUCAAUGCUCCACUACGUCUAAUAUACACUUUUGGAGUUUUGUUAUACAUUGCAAGCAUCGCUAGCAUAUCUAAAACUCACUGUACGCCUGACGCUACUGAAGUCACUGUGUACACACCCUGCGCAGCCUUGGAGACAUGCCUUGUGAUAUCUGAGUAUUGCCUCAUGCUUAUGCUCUGGCAAGCUCGACUGUCAAACCCCUUGAAGCCCGGGCCCAACACACGCUCAACACGCCCAUCCUAUUUUCGCCACCCUUCUCCCUCCACUCAUCCUUGUACUUAACUGUCAAUUUCAAUCCGCACAUGGUUCCAACUCCUAUUAAAUGCUGUGAACCCUUCAUGAGAAGCUGAAUUUGCUUUGCGUAAAAAUUGCUGCCAUGGCAAUGCAACACAAUGUAAGCAUGUGGGAGACCCACUAUUGCUUUGUCAUGUUCUGUGGAUCCCUUGGCUGCAGCUGUCAUGGCGCUGCCCAUGGUACCCUCAACAAGCACGGCGCCCACGAGGACCUCUUCAGUCGAUUCACAGAUUGCCUGCUAAAGGCAUGCACGCCUGUGAAGCUCUCCGCUGAAGAUGACUACCCCAUCAGGGGGACGACAGCAGGCAAGCACGCGCGUCAGCAGAAGCCAUUUUUUCCUUGCGACGCGCCCGCCGCCCUUGCUUGCCACCGCUGCUGCCAGGAGUUUCGGCCUUGCUAAGGGCCACGGGUGUCGAGCUGCCCUCGCCAGACCCCCUCGCAGAGCUGCGCGCUGUCUUGUGAGACGCGCGGUGCUCUGCUG